AUGUCUUAUCGUUUUGGAGAAUGGCAAAAACGGAUAAUUUAAAUAAAAACGAAAGCUAAAACAAACCUAUCAUCGAUGGCACGAAGUCAAAUUAUAAAAAAUGAGGAUGAUUCAUAUGAUGCCAAAUCAAACAGAAACAAUCAAAAGCACGAAUAACCCAUCCAAUCACAUCCAGAUGAUUAUGCAAACGACAAAAAAAAAGUAGGACGAUGGACUCCUUAAGAAGAUGACAAGCUUUAAAAAUUGAUUGAAGAAUACGGGGAAAAGAGUUGGAGAUUGAUAAGUAAUGUAAUGGAAGGCAGAAGUGCAAUCUAAUGCUUACAUAGAUGGACAAAGAUCCUUAGGCCUGGUCUCAAGAAAGGCCCAUGGCAGGACAAUGAAGAUGAGAGACUUUUAGAAUGGGUUAAGAAUAAUGGACCCAAUAAAUGGUCAUUAUGUGCCGAGAAUAUCACAGGACGCUCAGGAAAGUAAUGUAGAGAAAGGUGGUUCAAUAAUCUAAAUCCAAAUGUCAAAAAGGGAGGAUGGACAUCAGAUGAAGAUCAUGAAAUUUUCAAGGGUUAUUUAGCAUAUUCAUCCUCUUGGUCGAAAAUUGCCAAGAAUCUCUCAGGAAGAACUGAAAAUUCUGUCAAAAAUCGCUUUUAUUCAACAGUCAGAAAAUUAUUAGCUGAUCAAGAAAAAAAUGGAAUAUCCCUUUAAAUGUUGGAAGUUAAAUAAGAAAAUGGGACAUCAGCAUUGUAAACUUUUGUGAAAGCUCAUCUUUAGAAAUUUGAAUAAUAAUUGUCAAUCUAAAUGGAAGAGGAAAAACCAGGUUAGGACCAAAAGUUGGAAGAGUUGGCUAUCAAAUCAGAAGAUGACAGUGUGUCCAAAAGGAAGAUUUAUACUGACAGUUAUUAAGAAUAGAACUUACUUUAUCGGUUAUUAUAGUCAUAGGGAGGUCCUAUCAAGAGAACUUCAUGUAUGAAGGAUUAUUCAACUAUCUAUAAGAAAUAUAAAAAGAGAUAUAAUUAAAGGAAGAAGGAUAAGUAAUAAUCUGAGAAAGUUGAGAGACUUAGAAAGAUUAUAAUGAAAAAAGAUAUUUAGAAGUCAUUAGCUGAAUAAUCAGAGUUAAAUUUAAAAUAGAACCUAGAACAAUAUCUUUUGAAUUUUUAAGAGUGUAAAUUGGAAUAACAAAAUUAAAAUUAGGAUUCAGAUAAGUUGAAUUAAUUUUAAGAUAAGCUAUUAGGCUUCUUUAAUUCAUAAUUGGAUUAAAUUAUGACGAAAGUAUAAACUGAAAUGGAUAAUACAAUUUAAUAAAAAGUAAUUGAAGAUGACUAAUAAUAAUAAAUAACUAAAUAAUUAAAGACUUAGAACUCAAAAAGGGAAAUUAGUAAACUUAUAGAAGUGAAAGAAGAGGAGGUUUAAUUAAAUUAAUAAGUCAUGAAUACAUUUCUAAACAGAUUUAUUCAAUUUGAAAGUAAUGAUGAUAAAAAUGAUAUUGCUAAUUUCAUUAUACAAAAUCACAAAAUUGAUUCAAAAAUGAUGUUUCUAAUCAGUUAAUUGCACACUCUAGAAAAUAUGUUAGGUGAUACAAAAAAAGAAUUCAGCAGAUUAGAAUCAAGCUUGUAUGAUAAAAUUCAUGGUACUUCCUUUCAAUCUAGUCAUUCUAGUCAAAAUAUUUGA